AUGCCGUCAAUGCCUUCCGACACGCCUGACACGAAGCACCUACCGCGGAUCCUUUGUUUGCACGGCGGUGGUGUUAACGCUGCAAUCUUCGAGGUGCAGUCGCGAUCCCUCGUUCGCCAUCUGCAUCAUUCAUUCCGUCUCGUGUGGGCAGACGGCCCGUUUCUCUGCGACCCCCAUCCGGACAUAAUCGGCGUUUACGGCUCCUACUCGCCGUUCCGUCGCUGGUUACGAUGGCUGCCCGAACAUGCUGAGAUCGAUGCCGAGAGCUGCAUCGACGAGAUGGGCUAUGCGCUGAGAACAGCCAUUGAGGAUGAUGACCGAGAUGGGGGCACAGGCGAGUGGGUUGGUCUGAUGGGCUUCAGCCAGGGUGCAAAGGUGUCUGCAAGUCUCCUACUCGAGCAGCAAGCGAGGGAAGAAGAAGCCAGAGCGCGACAGCGACCAAUAGAGCCUGGCCUGAUACGAGUGCCCGGAAUCAAUUGGCGGUUUGGCAUCCUGCUCGCUGGUCGAGCGCCGCCCAGCAACCUGAACCCGACCAUUAUGCAGAGCCAGGCAUUGGUCGAUGCCGGAAGCAUUUCAGAGGGCUUCCAAUUCUGUAAGGAAGUCGACGACAGAGCAAUACUGCGCAAGCCGACGCUGCAUGUGCACGGAACUGCCGACCCGGGGCUUCACCUGCACCAAAAACUUCUGCACGACUAUUGUGAGGACGGUACCACAACGCUGGUCGAAUGGGAAGGUGCACAUCGCAUUGCCAUUAAGACAAAAGAUGUCGACCGAAUAGUCGGUGCUGUAUAUGAUCUCGCCGAACGCGCAGGUGUGGCUGUGUUGCGAACUGUAUGA